UGUAAAGUAAUUCCGUGGCUUUCAUGAAACCUGAAAGUUCAUAAUAGCCUGCUACUGGCCAUUAUCCUGUGCUACGUUAAACCAGGCCACAAUCUCAGGCCUGUUUCUUUGAGGUCCACUUUAAUAUUGUCUUGCCGUCUAUGCUUAGGCCUUGCAAGUCGUCCCUUUACUCCACGCUUACCAACCAAAUUCUGUGUUUACUUGGCAUCUCUCCCAGCGUGCUACGUGCCCCGUCAAUCGUAUCGUGUUUUAUUUGUUCAUCUUCAUCCGCACACAACAUCCUCGAAUCUGUAUUCCUCCCCUAAUGUAAGGGGUUUUGUUGUUCAGUAAAAACAGAGAAUGUUAUAUAUUUGUAAACGUACAGACAUGCGGAAACUGAGAAAGGGACUUUUGUGUGACACUGGCAUUGUAAUUUACGACUUGUUUUCGUAGAAAAGUGAAUCACACCUGGCCGCUCCAUAUGAUCGCGAAGGUCGAGCAUCACAGCCUUGAUGCCUCGCGGGGCUAACAGCAUUUCGUCACAUAUACGUUGUUGGUUGCGCAGAAAACAAAAGACACCUUUACCUAUAAUGUCAAAAACAACAGAUAAUUUCACGAUACUUUUUUCUAAAUUUAUAUUUUAAACAUUAACUGGACAUUAACUUCCAAUAAAAUUCUGUUCUUUUUAAAAUAAUUAAUUAACCCUUCGGCUGUGCGGAAUAAACCUCGUCAUGUAUUGUAGGUUACAGUUCUCAUCAUCCGUGGGAAACGACCACAUGGUUCAGAAAAGGCCACCUUCAAUUUUCAUUGUGUCUUAUUCCGUUAAGGCGAAAUCGUGAUAAAGUGAAGGAAUGUGAGAUUGGCAGGUUUGGUAGCAUGGUGGAUGAGACAUGCAUACAACAUUUUGGUUAGAAAACCUGAAUGGAAGACAUCACUUUAAAGGUCUAAAUGCAGAUGAGAAAAUUAUAUUGAAAUGAAGAGGAUGUGUUUGUAUAUAGUAGAUUCACCAUGAUAUAGUCUAAUGGUGGGCUCUUGUGAACUGGUAAAGGGCAGAUGACUGUCUGUUUCUCAUGAAUGAUUUUAUAAGAUAGUUGCUCUGUUAUGGAUUACCAUGAUGCAGUCUGUAAGAGAACGGAAAGAAAAUUCAAGAAAGUUUAGUCUCUGCUAUGAAGACUUGUGUAGGAUCCAGAAUCAAAGGCCAUUGCCUUCUGUGAAGGCACAUUUGGAGAAGAACAUUCUUAAUUUUAAUGGAGAUCUGAUCACGUGUGAGGAGUGGGGACCGAUUCUCAAUGCGCUUGCCCUGGAUAGAAGCCUGCAUUUCAUCGCUGUUCACAGCAGGCUCUGUGCCAAACCAGCAAUAGAAAAUAUAGUUACAGAAUCAAGGUCUCGUACAUUACAACGGGUUCCAGUGCUGCAGACACACUUUGUUCUGUUGCGGCUCUUAAAGGCAAUUGAAGUUUGUAUGAGCAACACUGAGGUACUAACUUGUGUGGAACUGGAGGGUCUGCCAAUUGGGAGACACUACCUGGAGGAGUUCAUCAAGGGCAUGAGAAGCUGUAAGUCGCUGAAGCACGUGUCACUGCACCGCAGUCCGAUCAGGGACGAGGGCUGUGCGCUGCUGUGCCAUGCCAUUAAGGGGCUGACCAACAUCAUCACUGUCAAUUUCUCAAACUGCGGUCUCACGCAUCAGGGUGCUCUGGCAGUGGCCAAGACUAUUGAGUACCAGAAGAUCCAGCGGUGCAGCGAGACCUGGAAACAGACGCUUCGCUACCAUGAGCCGAACCUGGACUCUGUGCCUGGUCUGCGCAGAAUCACACUCAACCACAACACAGAAAUCAGGGAUGAAGGGGCUGUGUACCUUAUGAACGCUGCUAGGGAUGACCUGUUUCUGAAAGCCCUAGAUCUGCAGGACUGUGGGAUUGGCAACACUGGUGGUAGGGCAGCAUUGGAAAUGCUGCAGUCAAACGUGAGCCUGGCGGUUGUAGAUCUGCGAGCUAAUAAGGCCUUGAGCUCAGGGCUGCUGACGCAGAUAAUGGAGCAGCUCCACGUCAACAGCCGAGGUGCCCCACAGCAGUACCACUGGAUCACCGUUGGUGAGAACCAGUUGCCACAACAUCACCCGAGACCAAAGUCACAACCAUUAUUCAAGAAAACUGCAUCCCUCAAGUUGGACUCAAGGUCCAUGACAGCCCCCAAGAGGGGGCACGCACCACACACGGCGCAGAACCAGGAACUGUACCACACAGCACCACCUGCCACACCAUACAGAAUGGAGCUUGAAAAGGCAAGACAGCAGCUCAGUGCUGAAACAUUGAAGAGCAGGCAAAUGGAAGAAGAAAACGCGGCAUUGCGGCAUCGACUGGAGGGUUUGCUGGGGGAUGACUACGUGUUGGUAGAAAGACAGACGUUAGCUGUGAUACAGCAGUUGUUCCAGAAAUUCAUAGAAACAGUCCAUGACACACGGCCUAGUGGACUUCAGGACGCAGACCACGAGGAGUGCCUGGUGUCCCUCCAUAGGCAGUUGUACAAUACGUGUGACAAGUCAAGUCAGACUGACCUGCACAAAAUUUUUAAGUCAGUUGCUGAGCUUGGAGAUGUUGGUCCAGUGCAAGAUGUAGAGAUGGAUGCCAAGGACUGUGCUUCUGUCAGGGUUCUGCAAACAUGUGGCAGUGGCGUGGUAUCAUCAGAGGGCACUGUGAGUACUCUGACACAACAGGAAUGUUCAUUGGACAGUGUUAUGGCGAGUGGGGAAGACAGUGAUGCUUCACUGCCCCAGGACUGCCUGGAGUUGGCAGAGGGCACCAGCGGGAAGGCAGUGCACAGAACACCAGCUAAAAUAAAAGACUACACACACAGAAGGAUGAAGCAAAGGAACAAAUGCCUGGAUGAGACAUAUGACAUACUCUAUCAGACGGUGCUGAGUAAGAACAAGGAACUGAACAGCGCCGGUGUGUCACAUGUUUGCAGAGCCUCCAAGAAGAGGGAUGCACCAGCAGAUAAGGGCUCCACCACAAGCUCAAGUUCGUCAGUAAUUACUGUACCUGAGGAUACAGGGGCGCAAGUGCUGCUGAGCAGACAUGAUGCAGUAACUAACAAUUUAUUUUAUUAAAUCAUAUUUUUAAAAGUUUUUAUUAUGCUUGGACAUUUGUAUAAAAUGUUGAUAUCAUACCUUGGAUCGGGGUUUGCCUUUACGUUUGUAACAUGAAGAAUACUGCACAAUAAAAUAAUAAUUUUGAACAUUG